GUCAGUAAUCUCAAGGAUGGGGUGGAUAAAUAUGCCAUUCCUACACUCCAAUGUAUACAAUCUUACAGUCAUGUCAUUCUGCACAACAUUCCUUUGCACAUCUCUGUUGCUUGUCAGGUGGGGCUUAUUUUGAUUUGGGGCAAUGAUGGUUUUGCUCAGAUCAUA